UCAGUCUUCUCCAAAAUUUUAAGAGGAACGGGCUGUUAAAUAAAGUAGUAAAAAGUGGCUUUUACCGUGUAAAAUGGCUAAUUUUGACUUGACAUUCAGGAUAGGACAAAAUCUAGAUCGGCAUUUAGUGUUUCCUCUUUUGGAAUUUUUGUCUGCAAAAGAGAUUUACGAUGAAAAUGAGCUGCUCCAGGUCAAGCUAGACAUUCUUAGCAAAACUAACAUGAUUGAUUAUGCCAUUGAUAUUAGAAAACAGCUGUAUCCCGAUUUGGAGGUUCCUGCGGAAUUAAAAUCACGACGUGCAAAUGUAGUACAAGAACUGCAACUUCUUCAGAACAAUUGUUCUGUUGUUUUACAAUUGAUGAACAAUGAAGACAUCAUGAAGAAAAUGGAAAGCAUGCGUGAUUCUAAAGCGCUAAACAAUUUUUUGACUCAAGAGCACAACUUUAGAGUAGAGAUGAUGGACGACUUUGUAAAACUUGCAAAAUAUCGAUACGAGUGUGGUAAUUAUUCAGUAUCGACGUCCUACUUGUACUUUUACAUGCUGAUUAUGCCACCUACAGACAAGAACUAUUUGCGAGUUCUUUGGGGUAAAUUGGCCUCUGAAAUUCUCGUACAAAACUGGGAAACUGCCCUGGAAGAUGUUAAUAAGCUGCGAGAAUACAUAGACAGUAAUGUAAUUGGAAAUUCGCUGGAAGUUCUUCAACAGCGCACAUGGUUGAUUCACUGGAGUCUUUUUGUAUUCUUUAACGACAUAAAGGGCAGAGACCUUAUUAUCGAGAUGUUCCUCUACCGGCCUCAUUAUUUGAAUGCCAUUCAGACAAUGUGUCCUCACAUUUUGCGUUAUUUGGCUGCAGCUGUCAUUGUCAAUCGCUCAAGAAGGUCUACGUUGAAGGAUCUGGUCAAGGUGAUCCAACAGGAAUCCUACACUUACCGGGAUCCAAUUACUGAAUUCUUGGAGCACUUGUAUGUAAACUUUGACUUUGAUGGUGCUCGCCAGAAAUUGCAAGAAUGUCAAACUGUCGUCUGUAACGACUUUUUCCUAAUUUCUCUGCCAAACGAGUUUGUCGAAAACGCGAGACUGAUGAUUUUCGAAACUUUCUGCAGAAUUCAUCAGUGCAUCAGUAUCGAAAUGCUUGCUGAAAAACUCAACAUGAAAGCUGCGAUCGCAGAAUGCUGGAUUGUAAAUUUGAUCCGUAAUGCGAGACUGGAUGCGAAAAUUGACAGUAAAUUGGGACACGUUGUAAUGGGCGGACAGCCAGCUUCGCCAUAUCAACAGCUAAUUGAAAAGAUUGAGGGUCUCAGCGCGAGGAGUGAAAAUCUGGAAAAUGUCAUUGAAAGGAAGCUUAAAGCCAAGAACCAGGAUACAGUAAGUAUAGUGUGGAACUAACAAAGGCGUAUCCGACCUGGAACGAAUUCUGAGCAAAUUGUAAAACCAACCACACAUGUGCGCACAGAAAAGUGUAAAUGAACCUCCAAGAAGAGUUGACGCCGAGACGAUAAAAGCGAAAAUUCAAGCCCAAUCGGAUGCAGCAAAAGAAAAAAAAAUCAAUAACGCGAUCGAAUAUUUCAUCGAUUACAUGUGGAAAAUAAUUUUUUUACAACGGAAAAACGAGUGUAAACGAAAGAAAAAAAUAAUAAAAAUUAUGUCAACAGU